UUUUCGUACAACUCCUGCAAACAGCAGCCUAGGUGCAUAAGAUGAGGGUUUUUUGGGAGGGGGGGUCUAAAUGUAAUCUUUUUUGAUAGGCUCCCCCCUGCAGAAAAUAUACAGCAGCGUCAAGUUCGCAGCCAAUUGGAGAGGGUUAGAGGGCCCUCCGAGUUAAAAAGUAGAGAGCCCUCCCUCUGGCGGUGAAGUUCAGCGAAGAGCUGCUCUUCAGAUCUGUGGGAGGAUGUGGGCCGACUGAUUAUUUAUGUCGGAGAGAAGUUGUGCCGCGUGCUUCCAAUAGACUCCGGAGACUUUUACGCACAGGUGAGGAGCUGGAUGGGCGCAUCUGGACAGCUUAAACUGGGACUGCGCAAUCUGAAGAUCAGAGGGUUAUUUUGGAGAGGAUUCAUGACGGAUAACAACCCAGAGCUAUAAAUACAAGAGAUUAGUAACGCAUGGUGGGGAGUCAGGCGCUCCAAAUGGACGGUGGUAAUUGCUCCAGUUCGGUGGUGGAUGUGGAUGACAGCCCGGUUUCCAGCCCCAGCUCCAGUCCCAGUCCUGACGGCCGUCGUCGCGGUGAGCUCCACCGGGCCAGGGCGCUCCAAAGCAGCGGCGCACUGGGCGGCAGAGGGCGGCCGGCGGCCGCUAACGCAGCGCGGGAGCGCAGCCGGGUGCAGACCCUGAGGAACGCCUUCUUGGAGCUCCAGAGGACUUUACCGUCAGUACCGCCGGAUACCAAGCUGUCUAAACUGGACGUGUUGAUACUAGCCACCACCUAUAUUGCCCAUUUGACUCGAACACUGCAGGAGGAAGGAGCAGAAGAAGGAGAGAGCAAACAAACAGAGGCGUUACACUCACUGAAAGGUGAAGGAUACCUGCACCCUGUGAAGAAAUGGCCAAUGCGAUCCAGAUUAUACGUGGGAGCAACUGGACAGUUCCUGAACAAUCCUUCUGAUUCAGAGAACCAGGGCCCAUCUUCCUCCUCUCAAUAGGCCUAAGCAAUGGGACAUUUGCAUGAGCUUCCAAAAAAAAAAAAUCUGAUUGUCUUUCCACUGCAGCUCUAAAAUGAUGUAAAUUAAUAUAUUACGUGACUUUAAUUGUAUAUAUAUAUUUUGAAAACAAAGCAUGUAUUUUGUUGUCAUUUAGUUGAUGAAUGCGCCACGCAGUUCCACGCACGUCCCAAAGUCUGAUCUCUGCAGAAAUUCCGUGGAGUCCGUCAUGCUUGAGCGUGCACUUUGACUUGAGACAUUUGCACUAAAUGCAUGUGUGAAUAACUUAGAAUCCGUCAUGUGAAGUGGUCUGUCAGAGGGUCCGACAAAAGAGGCUCUCUAUCUCAUGUUUCUUCUUUUCUUUUCUUUUUUAUAUGCAUGGUUGUAAAUGUAUUUGUGUGUGUGUGAAUAAAUUAGAAGAGAAUGCAAGGAAAGUCUCUAAAGAUUUUUAGAAAAGCAUAGCUUGUUACUUUUAAAAUUUGGACAUUGUUUUUUUUUUAUAAUACUGGUUUUAUAGCGUGCUAUUGCAUUCAGUCUAAUAUAGGCUUCCUUUUGUUUAAUAUAAUCAAAUAUAUAAGAAACAAUAUUUGCAAAUAUGUUUGGUAAGGUUUUGAAAUAUUGCAUUACAAUGACAAGUAAAUGUAAAUUAAAUCUGAUGUAUCCAGUAGACCUAACUGGAAUAACACUUGGAGGGCCCCAAGAAAAGAAAAGAAAAAAAAAGGAAUGAAUAAAUACAUUUAGCAUAUUUAUUUAUGGUGAUAUUUAAUAUAUUUAGAGGCUUAGAUUUAGCUGUGAUGUAAUUUUAAACGUUAAUGAACCAGAGCGUUGGAGAAAGCUUAUGUAACAAAUGUUUUAUUUUUAUUUUUUUUUAUUAAUGCUUCAACAAUAUUGACGCAAUGAUCGAUCAUGAUACCAGAUUGUACUUUGUUUUAUAUUUUACUGAUAUGUUAAAUUCUUUUUGCGCACUGAAACAAUCUGAAUAAGUGAUGCAAACAGCCUCCUUCACCAGUUUUUAUUUUGUUUAUUGUUAAAAUAUAAAACAGGGUUCCUGCUUAAUAUUCAAACUGCAGCUGUAGAUUGGAAAUGUUCCUAUCAUUUAUUUGCUUAGCGGUGAUCCGUCUUAUAUCGGCGCAAUGCGCAGCUCUGACGCGCAGGAACCGGAAGCUGUCUCAUUCACCGCCGGCCGGGCAUUAAACCAGAGGAGUCCCACCACUGCAUCGAUGCCCAUCUCUACCUAUACUGCUCUGUUCUAUGUGAGCAGAUACCCUGUCUGCCAGUCUGGACCCUGUGGAUCUUUAUGAUUUCUUAUGGCUGACCAGAUCAUCAGAGGUGGAAGCCUUGUUUGCUUCCAGUACAAGGUGAGUAGUCUUCUAGCUUCAUUUCUUUUGUUUUUUACACAAUGUCAAAAAUCAGAUAGAUCAGAGCAGCCAUAUUGUUGUGACCAUAUUAAAUUAGCAGGGAUCUUUAGAAAUGCUGAGGGUUGCUUCCCCAAAGUAGGAAAAAAGCCACAAAAAAAAUAUUAUUUUUUUUAUUUUUUUUUUACAAGUUACAGAUUAAAAGCAGUAUCAUUAGUCAAAGCUGGAGUAGUGAUGAAUUCACCUUUUCGCCGUUUACCCAUCAGACAUUAAAGUGGUGAGAUGGUGUCGACUGAACUUCCAGCAGCGGUUUCUCUUGUGGUUUUCCUUCAAUGUUUUGGUUAUUUGGGGAAAAUAAAAGAUAAAGCCUAAUUUUUUCUUUUGCUUUGCUUUUCUCCUAAUUCUUGUGAAAUGCUCUGAUUUCUGCAGGUGAUUGUUCGCAUCAUUUUAGUAAAUCUCUGAUGCAGAGCUUUGCAACCAGUUGAGUUUUUGCCCAUUCUUAAGGAGGUAUGUGAAUUAUAUAAACUCUAAUGGAUGUUUGACUGAAAAUGUAUAUAAAGAGAAUAUUUUUUAAGUGAUUCUCAUUUAGCCAUUCUGUAUAGCCUGUUUGUUCUUGUUUUGUUGUAUUUUAAAAGUUAGCAUUUCUUCCUUUUGCCUUUUAAGCCCACACCUUUGUUGUUGUAUCCAAUAAAAUGUUUAACAUCAA